GCGGGGCUUCAGCGUCGGGGGGCGGGGCGUCGGGUCAUGAGGGCGGAGCCUCGUCGAUUGGGGGCGUGGCCUCGGCUCUAGGAGGCGGGGCCAUGGGCUCACAGUGUCCAGGCAUGGGCGGAGCCUCGGAACACCUUCCCAGCAUGCACGGCGGCGGCGGAGGUGGCGGAACCGUGGGAGAAACUUCGAGAAACAUCCUCAACAACAACAUCAACAUUAACAACAACAACAUCAGCAACAUCAACAACAACAACAACAGCGGCGGUGUUGGUGUUGGUGGUGGUGGCGGCUGCCCCAAACUGCCCGGCCGUGACGUCACGUGCUCCCCUCCACCUGCCCACGUGAUCGCCCAGCCAAUGGCGGCCCUGCAGCUCCAUCCGGGCCUCGGCGGUAACCAGGGGGCGGGGCUCGGCGGUAACCAGGGGGCGGGGCUCGGUAACCAGGGGGCGGGGCUCGGCGGUAACCAGGGGGCGGGGCUCGGUAACCAGGGGGCGGGGCUCGGCAAUCACGGGGCGGGGCUCGGUAACCAUGGGGCGGGGCUCGGUAACCAGGGAGCGGGGCUUGGCGGUAUCCAGGGGGCGGGGCUGGCGGAAGUGGGCGGGCCCCAGGGCCCCGUCGCGGUGGCUUCUGGGGGAAGCUCUGCGACACGGAGCCCCGCGGCGACCAUCACGGACCUCUUCUGACGUCACAGGCGGUGACGUCAUCGUCGACGUCAUCAACAUCAAUACCGCAAUCAUCGUCACCAGCAGUAGCAUCAGCAACAUCAUCGUCAGCAUCAUCAUCAUCAGCAACAUCGUCAUCAGUAGCAGCAAUAUCAUCAACAACAUCAGCAUCAAUAUCAUAAUAUCAUCCACAUCAACAUCAUCAUCAUAAUCAAUAUCAUCCACAUCAACAUCAUCAUCAUAAUCAAUAUCAUCCACAUCAACAUCAUCAUCAUAAUCAAUAUCAUCCACAUCAACAUCAUCAUCAUAAUCAAUAUCAUCCACAUCAUCAUCAUAAUCAAUAUCAUCCACAUCAACAUCAUCAUCAUAAUCAAUAUCAUCCACAUCAACAUCAUCAUCAUAAUCAAUAUCAUCCACAUCAACAUCAUCAUCAUAAUCAAUAUCAUCCACAUCAACAUCAUCAUCAUAAUCAAUAUCAUCCACAUCAACAUCAUCAUCAUAAUCAAUAUCAUCCACAUCAACAUCAUCAUCAUAAUCAAUAUCAUCCACAUCAACAUCAUCAUCAUAAUCAAUAUCAUCCACAUCAACAUCAUCAUCAUAAUCAAUAUCAUCCACAUCAACAUCAUCAUCAUAAUCAAUAUCAUCCACAUCAACAUCAUCAUCAUAAUCAAUAUCAUCCACAUCAACAUCAUCAUCAUAAUCAAUAUCAUCCACAUCAACAUCAUCAUCAUAAUCAAUAUCAUCCACAUCAACAUCAUCAUCAUAAUCAAUAUCAUCCACAUCAACAUCAUCAUCAUAAUCAAUAUCAUCCACAUCAACAUCAUCAUCAUAAUCAAUAUCAUCCACAUCAACAUCAUCAUCAUAAUCAAUAUUAUCUUCAUCAGCAUCAAUAUCAUCAUCAUCAUGGUCAUCAUUGUGAUCGUGAUGAUGAUCGUGACGGUGAUGGUGAUUGUGAUGAUUAUAGUGUAUUGAUGAUCGUGACGAUGAUGAUCGUGAUGAUGAUGAUAAUGAAGAUGAUCGUGAUCAUGAUGAUAAUCAUGACCAUUGUGAUAAUGUAGAGGAUGAUGAUUGUGGUGAUGUAGAUAAAGAUGAUGAUCGUGAUGAUGCAGGUGAUGAUGAUCGUGAUAUGAUGAUUAUACUGUAACGAUGAUCGUGAAGAUGAUGAUGAUGACCAUCGUGAUGAUGUAGAGGAUGAUGAUUGUGGUGAUGUAGUUGAUGAUGAUGAUGAUUAUCCUGUAAUGAUGAUCGUGAUUAUGAUGAUGUAUCCAUGAAGAUGUAUCCAUGAU